AUGGAGAGCCAGCCCAAGUCAGCUAUCCGUCCGCCGAGUGGGAUUCCACGUCCGGUCUCCAGAUUGCCAUUACCAACCACCACCGCAUCGAAAUCCAUCCGCCCCUCACCUUCACGAGAUCGCUUACAAGCCGAUCCUGGUCUCGACCAUAGCCGCCUACGACGUCCCUCAUACGAGUCGCUCCUCAAACCACCAUCCUCGCGUUAUUCAUCACCAUCGAAAACCCGUGAGCAGGUAUCUCCUGUGCCUAGCGAGCCCGCCAGCGGAUUGGAUGAAAGCGACAAGCUAGAAGACGCGAGCGUGGUGGGGGAUGAAGAUGCUCAAGAGGCUCGCGGUCGUGUUCGACAAAUUCGGCCCUCGCUAUCAGACCGAACAAUUGAGACGAUAUCUGCUAUUCCACCAUCGCCGGCAUCCGUGAAACGACAGUCUAGCUUCUUCAAUGGAGCCAGCCCGAUACGAUCCCCUUCCAAAACACCAUCGAAUGUCUCCAAUUACUCCCGAUCACCGUCGCGAUCAUCUUCUGGCCAGACUGAAGGAAACGAGUUUCUGUCCCAACCUGUAUCCAAGCUUCGCUUGCCAUCUCGAAACCGUCCGUCGGUCGCAUCGUCUACACCCCUGUCACCAAACAAGGUCUCGGAUGCUGCUGAAAGUCCCUCAAGAAUGAAGAUGCCAUCAGCGAGACACAGCAUUGCACUGGGAAGUGGUACCACGGAGCCGAGAACGCCUCUCAAAAAGGCAUCACAGGAUACACUCAACCAUAAAUCAAUUGGCAAGCCAUCAUUCGCGCGACCCUCCCCAGGAAAAACAGCCCCGAAAUCUGUCAAGACUGAUAUGGGACCGCCCGAACGUCCACUUAACGUUCGGAAGACCAGGAAGCCCCAGACAGAGUCCCCAUCAACAAUGAGAUCGCCAUCAACUGCUUCUCGAUACGUGUCCGCGGCAUCCAACAUAGCAGAUGAACUUACGCCCGAGCAACAGGCGGAACAUGAAUCCAGGAAGACUACGAAGUCAUCGAGCGCCUUACGUGACACCAUUGCCAAGGCCAAGGCAGCUCGAAAGGCAGCAGCAAAGAGCGAUACGAAUGAUGAGAAGCCCGAACCACAAGUCAAGCCCGCAGAUUCAUGGGGUACCAUUGAAGAAGAUCCUUUCGAACAGUUACCCAAGGGCUCCAAUCCCGGCGUCAUACGAAAACGGGUGGAAGGCGCUCGUACUUCGGGCACUUUGAAUAUCGCCGCCCUUUCGUUAACGGAGAUUCCCAAAGAGGUCAUCGAUAUGUACGAAUUUGACCCCGAUGCUACGAAUUGGUUCGAGAAUGUAGACCUGGUCAAAUUCAUCGCAGCAGACAAUGAACUCGCCGAAGUCUCCGAUGCUACAUUCCCAGACGUGGACCCAGAGAAUAUUGAUCCAGAGCGGGACGAACGAGCGCCUCAAUUUGGCGGGUUGGAGACUUUGGAUCUUCAUGGCAAUGUACUGCAUAGCCUUCCAAUGGGUAUCAAGCAGUUGCGGCAAUUGCGCUCUCUCAACCUCUCCAAUAACUCUUUUGAUAUGGAGAAGAUCCGAGUCGUGCUGGAGAUACCAACUUUGGUGGAUUUGAAACUUGCAAAUAACAAGCUGGAAGGAUCCUUGACGGGAGACAUCAGUCGCCUUCAACAAUUAGAAGCGCUCGACCUCCGCGGCAACGCUCUCACGUCAUUACCGAAAGAGCUUGCUCAUUUGACAAACCUCAAGUUGUUGGAUGUUGGCGAAAAUAAGUUGGCAUCGUUACCUUUUGCCGCAUUGAGCAACGUCCCUUUGCGAACCCUCAAUGCACCCAAAAAUACAUUGCAAGGCACUCUGAUUCCGGAAUCUGUCGAUCGUCUUGGAACCCUGCAGACGCUAAACGUUGCUGGCAACUCAAUUGAAGUAUUUGCCGCCAAUGACAACCUAGCGUUGCCAGAACUGCAGAGUUUGUUCAUCGGUAUAAAUCGCAUUAAAUACCUACCUCGUGUGUCUGCCUGGCAGAAUUUGGCGGUUCUUUCGGCUGAGGAUAAUAGCAUUGCGGAGCUUCCAGAUGGACUGGUGGGGUUGAAGUCACUUAAGAACGUCGAUCUUACUGGGAACAAUAUCACUCGACUAGAUGAGAAGAUUGGUCUUUUGGAAGGCUUGACAUCUUUCCGAAUUGCCAACAAUCCACUUCGCGAGCGCAAGCUGCUGAGCAUGUCGUCAGAUGAAAUUCUUCAGGAUAUGCGGAAUCGUUGUGAGCCCGAUCCUCUAGAUACGGAUGAUGAGGGCUCCGUGGCGACGCAGUUUACGCUUGCCCCGGAGACGCCGGCACUGGAGAGUGGCUGGCAGGUUAGAGCCGGUGGUCUUCUGGACAGAUCAUAUUCGGAAAUGACCGAGCUGGAGACUUGGAAACUGGAAAUGAUCGAUACGCAAGAGGUUCGCCGUCUUGAACUGCAACACAAUGAACUAUCUCGCUUCCCUUCAUCAGCGCUGAAGAUGCUUGCGGAGAAUCUGACCGAGCUUGACCUUUCUCACAAUCCUCUGGACAGUGCCGAGCUUCUGUCUUCACCCCUUGAGCUCCCCAAACUCCAAACACUCAACCUCAGUGCCACUGGGCUAACAUCCAUCGAAUCUCUCCUGGCGAACCUGAAGGCUCCAGCACUUACUGUCCUCGAUGUCUCCAACAACCGACUGACAGGACCCUUGUUGCAUCUUCGCGAGACCUUCCCAGAACUCAAGUCCUUCCUGGUCUCAGAUAAUCGGAUCGUCAGUCUCGAUUUCGAGGCUGUCCAAGGUCUCCAGGUUCUGGACGUCAGUAACAAUGACAUCGAUGCUUUGCCGCCGAAGAUCGGUCUUCUGGCCGCGGAGCGUUCCCCUCGCAACUGGGGGUCGGGCUCAGCAUUGAGGCGGUUCGAAGUUGCUGGCAAUCGCUUCCGGGUUCCUCGUUGGCAGAUUGUUGCCAAGGGGACGGAUGCUGUGUUGCAAUUUUUGAAAGAGCAUAUUCCUGCUCAAGAUAUGCCUGAAUGGGAAGAGGAUGAUACCAAAGCUGACGAAUUCUAG